AUGGAAAUAAGGUCUGGAGGAGAUGAUACAAUAGAACUCUACAACGCUUCAGCAAGAGGGUGUACGACCACAUUGAAUUUACUGAUCCACAAAGACUCGCAUAUCCUUAAUAAAGUUUCUUUGUCCUCUUUUAGUGAAACCCCAUUACACGUAUCAGCCUUGCUUGGCCACUUCGAUUUCACUAGAGCCCUUUUGGAUCUAAAACCUGAAUGGGCUGCUAAGUUAGACUCCCAAAAACGUUGCCCCCUUCACUUGGCUUCUGCCGAGGGCCACAUAAAGAUUAUUCAAUCAUUGUUAAAUGAAAACAAUGAUACUUGCAUAGUUCAGGAUCAAGACGGAAGAAUCCCUCUCCACUAUGCAGCCAUGAGAGGACAAAUUGAGGUCAUGAGGGAGUUGAUCUCAGCAGGGCCUAAGUCAACUAAAGUUAUGGUCAACAAGGUGGAGACUGUUAUGCAUUUGUGUGUUAAGUACAAUCAAUUGGAUGCUCUAAAACUAUUGGUGGAUUCAUUGAGCAAUGAGGACUCUCUUAUCAAUUCCCAAGAUCACGAUGGGGGCAAUACCAUCUUGCAUUUAGCUGUGAUGCUAAAGCAAACUGAGAUGGUAGAAUACUUACUUUCAGUACCAAAAGUGAAAGAAGGAUCAGAUAUACAGAAUCGAAUUGGCCUAACAGCCUUAGAAGUCUUAGAGCACUGUUCAAAAGACUUUAAAAGCUUUAACAUUCAAAAAAUGUUAAUGAAUGCUAGUGUUGAAAGAGCAAAGAACCAAAAUAUUCUCUCACCAACUGCUAUGUCGUCUCACCCUAAAUCUACAACACCAGCACGGUCAAGCAAGAAAAGGUUGGACAAAUUGUUAAGCUACUUAGGAUUUCAUGUUGAUAUGAUUGAUGAGACACGUGGUGCACUAAUGGUGGUGGCUACUGUAAUAACAUCUAUCACUUUCCAAUCUGGAGUUGGAGGCCCGCCAGAUCUGUAUAGUAAUUUCGCGGCCUACAUUUUUUUUACGAGCAAUACCAUCUCUUUCACUGCAUCUGUCAGUGUCAUAUUUUUGCUUAUUAGUGGAUUUCCUCUCAAGAAUAAGGUUUGUAUGGGCAUCUUGUCAUUUUCCAUGGGUAUCACUUUGAUAUUCCUGGUCGCUGCCUAUGUAUCUGCAUCUCCUUUUAAGGAAGGCGUUGGUAUACCUAUAGGACUAAGUGUUCUGUUUGUUGUGGCUGGUGCGAUUCUUCUAAUUUACGUAAUUCGUCUUUUCAUGUGGCUAGCAAGAACAAGGUGUAUACGAAAAUUCAUUUCUACAUGUGGAAUGCGCUAA